CUCGGACUUGAAACCGUUGAAUGGAAGAAAGGAACCCCCCAACGCAUUUGUGCUUCCUUCCGAUCCGCGCAACUCAACUCGCCCGUGUCAACUCAUGGCCUUAGCUGUCUCCGAGCGAGUCGAGCUCGCCAAGCUCUGCAGCUCCCGGGACUGGUCGAAAGCCAUUCGAAUCCUCGACUCGAUUCUCUCCCAGUCUUGCGCCAUCCAAGACAUCUGCAAUAGAGCCUUCUGUUACAGCCAAUUGGAGCUACACAAGCACGUGAUUAAGGACUGCGACAAGGCGCUUCAGCUCGACCCUACGCUUCUUCAAGCUCACAUCCUCAAAGGUCGUGCAUUUUCUGCCUUGGGAAGGAGAGAGGAUGCUCUUUUGGUUUGGGAGAAAGGCUAUGAACAAGCUAUGCGUCAGUCUGCAGAUCUGAAGCAAUUGUUAGAACUGGAAGAGCUUCUGAGGAUUGCAAAAGAAGACAUAAGUUGUACACAUGAAAACAAUGUGAUGGAGUCUAGGUCAUCUAUGUCUCUAUCGGGAUCAGGACCUCAUACUAAUGGUCAAUCAAUUGAGACUAAUAAGAAUUCAGAUAUUUUGAGUGAUGAAUCUAAAUUUUUCAGUACUUCAAAGGAUAAAUCCGAAAUCCACAUUGAGUCGAGGGAUAACAUUGAUUCAUGCAAUGGCCUUUGUGAUAAAGCACAGGAGAAUACUAAUUCUGAGAGCGAAAUGAAUGGUAGUCAUGAUAUUGUUGAUAAACUGAGCUAUGAAUCUGAUUCAUGUAGUGACUUAAGUGAUACGUCUGAGCCAUGCAGUAAAUUAUCUAUGGUUUGCAACAGCUCAAGCAAUACAACUGAUACUCGCCGCAAGUUGAGUUUUAAAUCGGACAUUCCUAAUGAAAUAACUGAGGAUGCCAAGAGAAAUAAAAAGUUCUGUGUUGCUAGGAUUUCAAAGUCCAAAUCAAUAAGUGUAGAUUUUCGACUGUCGAGGGGUAUAGCACAGGUUAAUGAAGGGAAAUAUGCUCAAGCUAUUUCAAUCUUUGAUCAGAUACUAAAAGAGGAUCCUACUUAUCCUGAGGCACUAAUAGGAAGAGGAACAGCGCAUGCAUUCCAACGAGAACUGGAAGCUGCUAUUGCUGAUUUUACAAAGGCUAUACAAUCAAAUCCAUCUGCUGGUGAGGCCUGGAAACGGAGAGGGCAAGCACGAGCUGCAUUAGGUGAAUCUGUUGAGGCUAUUGACGACUUGACAAAUGCAUUAGAGUUUGAACCAAACUCAGCAGAUAUAUUACAUGAAAGGGGAAUCGUUAGUUUUAAGUUUAAGAAUUUCUAUGCUGCUGUGGAAGACCUAUCUACAUGUGUGAAUCUUGACAAGGAUAAUGCGUCUGCACACACAUAUUUGGGUUUGGCAUUAUCUUCAAUUGGUGAAUAUACAAAGGCCGAGGAGGCACAUAUGAAAUCAAUUCAACUGGAUCAGAACUUCCUUGAGGCAUGGGCUCAUCUCACACAGCUCUAUCAAGAUCUAGCAAACCCAAAAAAGGCUUUGGAAUGCCUUCAGCAAGUUCUAGAAAUUGAUGGAAGGUUUGCUAGAGCCUAUCAUUUGCGGGGGAUCUUGCUCCAUGGUAUGGGAGAGCACAGGAAGGCAAUCAAAGAUUUGUCAACUGGUUUGAGCAUUGAGAACGAUAACAUAGAGAGUCUGUAUUUACGAGCAUCCUGUCAUCAUGCAGUUGGAGAAUAUAGAGAGGCGGUCAAAGACUAUGAUGCUGCUCUGGAUUUGGAAUUAGACUCGAUGGAGAAAUUUGUGCUUCAAUGCCUGGCCUUUUAUCAGAAAGAGAUUGCUUUGUACACAGCCUCUAAAAUCAACAGUGAGUUUUGCUGGUUUGACAUUGAUGGAGAUAUUGACCCACUUUUUAAGGAGUACUGGUGCAAAAGAUUACACCCCAAGAAUGUAUGUGAAAAGGUUUUCAGGCAACCUCCCCUACGUGAGUCAUUGAAGAAGGGUAAGCUUAGAAAGCAAGAUUUUUCUGUUACAAAACAGAAGACUGCCCUUCUACAGGUUGCUGAUUCUAUUGGCAGCAAAAUCCAAUAUGAUUGUCCCGGUUUCUUACCAAAUAGGCGUCAGCAUCGCAUGGCAGGAUUGGCUGCUAUUGAAAUUGCACAGAAGGUUUCCAAAGCUUGGCGUUCAUUGCAAACGGAAUGGAAACAUUCCAAUAAAAGUACAUCAAAGCAUGGUAAGAAAGCCCGGAGAAGGGAAAGAAUUAACUUCCCUAGCCACAAUAGAGGUGGUGCUGGUUGUAGUACGAGCAGUUCCUCAGAGACAUCAACUUCAUACGGGAUUGCAGAAGAUAGAUCAUGGGGCCGCUCUGUUAUGUCAUGGGUAGAUGUCUAUUCAUUGGCUGUCAAAUGGAGACAGGUUUCUGAACCUUGUGAUCCAGUUGUGUGGAUUAACAAAUUAAGUGAAGAGUUCAAUUCUGGAUUUGGCUCUCACACACCAUUGAUUCUCGGACAGGCAAAAGUUGUUCGCUACUUCCCAAAUUAUGAAAGAACAUUAGAUGUUGCAAAGACCGUCAUAAUGGAUAAAUCGUAUGUGUACAACAAGGCGGAUGAGGUUAUUGAUCUAUCCAAAGAUGGGAAACUGGAAGAUAUUAUCCAUGCGAGAUCCUGCUCCGAUCUUUACAGAAUUGUGGGUGAGGACUUCUGGUUGGCAACUUGGUGUAACAGUACUGCCUUUGAGGGGAAGCGGCUUGAAGGGACAAGGAUUACCCUAGUAAAAAUAGGAGAACAAGGAUUUGACUUUGCAAUCAGAACACCCUGUACACCUUCUAGAUGGGACGAAUUUGAUGCAGAAAUGAAAGCAGCAUGGGAAGCUAUAUGCAAUGCUUAUUGUGGCGAGAAUUAUGGUUCCACUGAUUUCAACGUGCUUGGAAAUGUGAGAGAUGCAAUCUUAAGGAUGACAUAUUACUGGUACAACUUUAUGCCACUAUCAAGGGGUUCUGCUGUUCUUGGGUUUGUGGUGAUGCUUGGACUACUUCUUGCUGCUAACAUGGAGUUUACUGGAAAGAUACCUCAAGGUUUACAAGUGGAUUGGGAAGCCAUUCUAAACUCUGAUCCAAACUCUUUUGUGGACUCUGUGAAAAGUUGGUUGUAUCCGUCUCUCAAAGUAACAACAUCCUGGAAAGACCCAGAUGUGACAUCAACUUUUGCGACAACGGGAUCAGUUGUUGCUGCAUUAAGCUCCUAUGAUGAUUGAACUAUCUAUCUAGAAGAGAUCUUUAUUGGAUGUAUGAAUGGACUAUGUUCUUACUUUGCAAACUUGGCCUGGGUUUUUGAUGCAGCAGAACUUUACGAGGAAACGGCUAUUUAUUCUAGGCAGUGUAGUGUUUUCUGGCACAGAUGGCAGUGCUAUCUUGACCCCUGGAGGAAGAUCUGGGUAAAUCUGACGCGAGAUAUCUCCAAAUUCACACCCGCUUGUAGGAUUGGUAAAAAUUUCAUGUUGUACAUUAAUGUGCCAUCCCCCUCCCCCCUCCCCAGUAUUUAUAGAUGGAAAUAAAUUUGCCUUGCAUGACUCAGUUCAACAGGGCCAACUGUAUUGUGUUAAAAAAUAUUUCACUAGCCUGCUUCACUACCCACAUAAAACGGUUAUAAGACAAUGAAAUUUACUUGGCAAAAUAUAUAUUUAAA